CUUUCAAUUCAGAGAAAACUACAUGAACAACAUAUAUAUUGGGAUUUUUUUACGGCGUUUUAUUAAGAGAGACUAGCUAAUCCAUGGCUGAAGCGGUUCCACAAUCUUCCAUCGACAUCAACUAUGUCGCAGAGCUUGUGCCAGUCAGACUCACCAGAGAAAACUAUCUCAUCUGGAAAUCUACGUUCAUCCCGGUUCUUAAAACCUACAACCUCUUCAACAUCAUCCAAGGAACAGAGCAGUGUCCAAGUAAGGACAACAUAUGCCGGAUACUGAUCAGCAAAACCCUAUCCGAGGCCACUCUACCAUACAUAACAAAAUGCGAAGGCUCAAGCGCCCGGGACCUGUGGCUAUACUUAGAAAAAGAAAUCGGUGAAGCUGCAAAGUCUAAGGUGAGGUGGCUCAGGACUCGCAUGCAAACACUCAAGUAUGGUUUAACCUCAUGGCCGUCGGAUUACUUUGAAUCCGCCAAGCAGAUUGCUGAUAAACUCGCGGUGGCGGGGUGUCCUGUCAGUAACAGUGAGCUUAUUGCUUAUAUUCUUGACGGACUUCCCUGGGAUUAUAAGGUCUUUGUUACAUGGACUCGUAAAAGGAAGGAUGUCGAUCAUAUGAGUCUAGAAGAGUUGCAUGACUUGCUAGUGAGGGAUGAAUAUAAAUGUGCCGUUAAGGGCGCUGUUGGAGUAGCUUGUCUGUGGCUUAUUAUUCGCCUUUGCAGGUCAAAAGGCGAAUGAUAAUUUUCUGCAUUACAUUUUCCAGAGGGUGAUGGUUAGCUAGUUCGAUAUUUAAUUGGUUUUUCUUUAUUUGUUCUUGAACAGAAAAUUAUUAACUCGAUCUGGUUCUUUUUUUA